GUUUUAAAGCACUUUCCUCGUUUUUUUACUACAUAUGGACCAGAACCCUUCUCUCUCUCUCUCCCUCUCCCUCUCCCUCUGUCUCCUCUCCUUGAUUGACUGUGAUUGUUAUCUCCAUAAUAAUAAUAAUAAUAAUAAUAAAGGCUAGGGGAAGGCAUUUUUUUUGCAGUACCACUGUAUGACUCUAUUCUCAAAUCCCAUUAUCAGUUGAAGAACAAUCUGAACAGAAAAAGAAGAAAAGACCCAAUAUAUCCCGUCUGAUACAUGAAAGUUGUCAAGCAAAACGGAUUGCAAAAGCUCAUCUGCUAGUACUCCCGGCAAGUUCUGUCAAAAUGAGUCAGUGUGUUCCCAGUUGGGAUCUCGACGACAAUCCUGCUAUUGCACGCCACUCCCUCCGUUCCAACUCCAAUUCUACUGCCCCUGAUGUGCCCAUGUUAGACUAUGAAGUUGCGGAAUUAACAUGGGAAAAUGGGCAACUAGCGAUGCACAGUUUAGGUCCGCCACGCGUGCCGGCCAAACCCCUAAACUCCACCUCUCCCUCUAAGUACACUUGGGAUAAACCACGCGCUGGUGGCACUUUGGAGUCCAUAGUGAACCAGGCCACUAGCUUUCCAUAUCGUAAUGUUUCUCUCGAUGGCGGCAGGGACGAACUUGUACCCUGGUUCGACCACCACCGUGCUGCAGUCGCCGCGGCGGCGGUGGCGUCGUCAUCAGCCACCAUGACUAUGGAUGCUUUGGUACCUUGCUCAAACAGGUCCGAGGACCGGACCACGCACGUGAUGGAAUCUAUACGAGGGCUAGGAGGCACUUGCGUGGUGGGAUGCUCCACUAUGGUGGGAUCCUGUAGUGGGCCAACUGGUACCCAAGACGACGGUGUACUCCUCACAGGGAAACGCGCACGGGAGGCGCGUGUUUCUGUAGCCCCCGAGUGGAGCAGCAAGGACCAAAACGCAAGCGCCAGUGCCACGUUCGGAACGGAUAGCCAGCACGUGACUGUUGAUUCGUAUGAAAAAGAUUUCGGUGUGGGAUUCACUUCCACAUCUCUUGGUUCCCCUGAAAACACAAGCUCUCCAAGACCCUGCACCAAGGCCACCACUGCCGAUGAUCAUGACUCUGUCUGCCACAGUAGACCCCAGAGGAAGGCCGGUGAGGAAGACAAGAGGAAGGAAACUGGGAAAUCUUCAGUUUCAACUAAAAGGAGCAGGGCUGCUGCUAUCCACAACCAGUCCGAACGUAAAAGAAGAGAUAAGAUAAAUCAAAGGAUGAAGACAUUACAGAAGCUGGUACCCAAUUCUAGCAAGACUGACAAAGCUUCAAUGCUAGACGAAGUGAUUGAAUAUCUGAAACAACUACAAGCACAAGUGCAUAUGAUGAGUAGGAUGAACAUCCCCCCAAUGAUGUUCCCGAUGACGAUGCAACAGCAACUCCAGAUGUCAAUGAUGGCCCCGAUGGGGAUGGGAAUGGGGAUGGGCAUGGGCAUAGGAAUGGGGGUCAUGGACAUGAGGACCAUGGGACGGCCAAACAUCACCGGCAUCUCUCCAGUUCUGCCUAAUCCUUUCGUGACUAUGACUCCUUGGGAUGGCUCUGGUGACCGGUUACAAGCUGCCUCAGCAGCUGUAAUGCCAGACCCUCUAUCAGCAUUCCUGGCGUGCCAGUCACAGCCAAUCACCAUGGAUGCUUACAGCCGAAUGGCCGCCAUGUAUCAGCAGAUGCAACAUCCACCGGCUUCUAGCUCGAAGAACUAAGCUUCAUGCCUUACUCCUAGCUAGCUGCGUUUCUAUGUACAAAAACCUGAACUUGGGUUUUAAUUCUCACACUGGCACAGGGUUUUGGUACGAUCUAGUUCAUGUAAUUAUUAGCGUUGUGGGUGGUAACUUUGCUGCAAAUUUGUUGUUUUCUGAAUUUGUAGUAUCAUGGUUCCAUUGAUCCAAGAGCUUCGAAUCUUCCCCUUUCCUCAA